AUGGCGGGCAUUGGCUUGAGGCGCGAGGUGCUGGCGCUCUACCGAGACGCGCUGCGCGUGGCGAGGGCCUUCCCGGAGCGCAGCAUGGGCCGCAAGCUGCAGUACAACGCGAGGGAGCUGCUGCGCCUGAGACAGCGCGAGCGCAGCGAAGCGCGCAUUCAGAGGCACGUGGCGGAGGGGCGGGACGCGCUGGAGGUGUACCGAGUGCUGCAGAACGACCCCGAGCUGCUCACGGCCAUCACCAGGAAGAAAAGACCGGCUGCUUCAAGCUAG